GAGGUUGAUGAUGAUGAUGAUCUUGAUGAUAAUGAUGACGAUGAUGAUGAUGACGAUGAUCAGGAUGAUGAACAUGACGAUGAUGUGAAUGAUGAUAUUGAUGAUGACGGUGGUGAUGCUGAUGAUGAUGACGAUGAUGAUGAUGAUGAUGAUGAAGAUGACGAUGGUGAUGAUGACGAUAAUGAUGAUGAUGACACGGAUGACGAUGACGAUGAUGAUGAUGACGAUGAUGAUGAUGAUGUUGAUGUUGAUGACGGUGAAGAUGAUGAGGAUUAUGAUGAUGAAGUGGAGGAUGAUGAAGAUAAUGAUGUUGUUUUUGAUGACGAUGAUGAUAAGGAUGAUGAAGAUGAAGUUGAUGACGAUGGUGAUGUUGAUGAUGAUGAUAAUGAUGAAGACGAUGAGGAUGAUGAUGAUGGUGAUGAUGACGAUGUUGAAGAAGAUGAUGAUGCUGAUGAUGAUGGUGAUCACGGUGAUGACGAUGACGACGAUGGCGACGACGAUGGUGGUGAACAUGUUGGAGAUGUUGAUGAUGAACAUGAUGACGCUUUUGAUGAUCUUGAAGUUGAUGAUGAUGACAACGGUGAAGAUGAUGAUAAGGAUGAUGAUGUUGAUGAUGAUGACGAUGAUGAUCAUGUUCACGAUGAUGAUGAUGGAGUUGAUGACGACGAUGAUGAAGAAGAUGAUGAUGAUGAUGAUGAUGAUGAUGAUGUUGAUGCAGAUGAUGUUGAUCACGAUCAUGAUGUUGAGGAUAUAGAUGAAGAUGACGAUGAAGAUGUUGACUUUGAUGAUGAUGAACAUGUUACUGAGGAUGAUGAUGAUGAUGACGAUGAUGAUCAUGAUGAUCAUGAUGAUGAUAAUGUUGAUGAUGACGAUGACGAUGAUGAUAUUGAUGAUGACGAAGAUGCUGGUGUUGUUGAUGUUGAGGAUGGUGAUGAUUACGACGAUGAUGAUGACGACGUUGAUGAUGAUGAAGACGAUGAUGACCAUGAUGUUGACGCAGUUGAUGAUGACGACAGUGAUGAUAACGAUGAUGAUGAGGAUGACGGGGAUGAUGGUGAUGAUGAUCGACUUCGUAAUGAUGAAGAUGAUGAUGAUGAUGAUAAUGACCAAGUUGAUGACGAUGAUAAUGAUGAUGACGAUAAUGAUGAUGAUAAGGAUGAUGAUGAUGAUGAUGACGAUGAUGAUGAAGAUGAUGAUGAUGAUGAUGAAGAAGAUGAUGAUGACGAUGUUGAUGACGAUGAUGAAGAUGAUGAUGAUGAUGUUGAUGUUGAUGGUUUGGAUAAUGUUGAUGAUGAUGAUGAUGAUGACGGCGAUGAUGAGGAUGACGAUUAUGACGAUGAUGACGAUGGUGAUGAUGAUGUUGACGAUGAGGAAGAUCGUGACGAUGAUGAUGAAGAUGAUAUUGACGUUGAUGAUGAUGAUGAUGAUGAUGACGCGGAUGUUGAUCAUGAUGACAGUGAUGAUAACGAUGAUGAAGUUGAAGACGAUGAUGACGAUGAUCAUGUUGAUGACGAAUAUGAUGAGGAUAUUCAUGAUGAUGAACAUGAUGACGGUGACGUUGAUGAUGAUGAUGAUGACGAUGAUGUUGAUGUUGAUGGCGAAGAUGAAGGUGAUGUUGAUGCUGAUCAUGGUGAUGUUAAUCAUGAUGAUGAUGAUGACGACGAUGAUGAUUAUCAUGAUGAUGCUGAAAAUGACGAUGACGGAGAUGAUGAUUUUGAUGCAGUCGAUGAUGUUGGUGACGAUGUGGAAGAUGAUGAUGUUGAUGAUGAUGAAGAUGAUGAUGAUGUUCAUGAUCAUGAUGAUGAAGAUGAUGACGGCGAUGAUGAUUAUCAUGAUGAUGAUGAAAAAAACUGUGAUGGAGAUGAUGGUUUUCAUGAAGUCGAUGAUUAUGGUGACGAUGGUGAUGAUGAUGAUGAUGAUGAUGAUGAUGAUGACGAUGAUGAUGAUAAUGAGGAUGACGACGACGAUGAUGAUGAUUACGACGAUGAUUAUGAUCAUGACGACGACGUUGAAGAUGACGAAUAUGAUGAAUAA